GGGACCCACGGAGCCGGGCGCGGUGAGCGCGCAGAGGGGCGCGGCCGCUCUGCAGCUCGGCCUUCCCGAGCUCCACGAGCUCCAUCCCCGGCGACCCCCGUGUCAGGCUCGGGCGUCUGCCCCCUGCCUGUCCCGGCGAGGCUGUCGCGGCGUCGGAGUAAUUCCGGAGCCUCCCACCGCUGCUUCUUUCCUUCCUUACCCAGGCCUCGGGAAGCUUGCCGCGGAAACGAAAGGCACAGCUCUGAGUGGGGAAAAGUGGUGCAUUUCUGAACAUUCUCAGGAUUCACAAGGAAACCAACCAUGUCCUUGGAUGACAUUAAGAUGAAAACUAGUGACUUAUUGGAGAAGGAGUACCUGGACAGCGGGGGUUUCGGAAAGGUGUCUCUGUGUUUACACAGAUGCCAUGGACUCGUAAUACUGAAAAAGGUGUACACGGGACCCAAGCGCACUGAGUACAACGAGUCCCUCCUUGAGGAGGGCAAGAUGAUGCACAGGCUGAGGCAUAAUCGGGUAGUGAAGCUGCUGGGCGUCAUCAUAGAAGAAGGGAACUACUCCCUGGUGAUGGAGUACAUGGAAAAGGGCAACCUGAUGCACGUUCUGAAGGCAGAGGUCAGUAUCCCCCUUUCUCUAAAAGGAAGGAUAAUUAUGGAGAUCAUUGAAGGGAUGUGCUACUUACAUGGACAAGGCAUAAUACACAAGGACCUAAAGCCUGAAAAUAUCCUCGUUGAUGAUGACUUUCACAUUAAGAUAGCUGAUCUUGGUGUUGCUUCCUUUAAGAUGUGGAGUAAACUGACUAAAGAGGAACAUAACGAGCAGAGGAAAUUGAAUCGAGUCUCUAAGAAAAACGGUGGAACCCUUUGCUACAUGGCCCCUGAGCAUCUGAAUGACAUCAACGCAAAGCCCUCCGAGAAGUCAGAUGUGUACAGCUUUGGCAUAGUACUUUGGGCAAUAUUUGCUAAUAAGGAGCCCUAUGAAAAUGCGAUCUGUGAAGAGCAGUUGAUAAUAUGCAUUAAAUCUGGGAACAGGCCAAAUGUGGAAGACAUCCUUGAGUACUGCCCAGAGGAGAUAAUCAGCAUCAUGAAGCAGUGCUGGGAGGCAAAACCAGACAUUCGGCCAACAUUUACUGGCCUUGAAGAAAAAUUUAGGCCUUUUUAUGUAGAUCAAUUAGAAGAAAAUGUAGAAGACGAUGUGACAAGUUUAAAGAAAGAAUAUCCAGACCCAGUCCAGAAUUCAUUUGUGAAGAGAAUGCAUUCUCUCCAGAUUGACUGCACAGCAAUACCUCCAAGCAGGUCAAAUUCAGCCCCAGAACAGCCCAGCUCACUGCACAGUUCCCAGGGGCUUGGGAUAGGUCCCGUGGAGGAGUCCUGGUUUGCUCCCUCCCUAGAGAACCAGCAGGAGGAGAAUCAGCUCAGCUUGCAGAGUAAACUCCAGGAGGAAGCCAACUACCAUCUUCAUGGCAGCCGCAUGGACAGGCAGACAAAACCACUCAGACAGAAUGUGGUUUAUAAUAGAGAGGAGGAAAGGAGACGAAGGGUCUCCCAUGACCCUUUUGCACAGCCAAAACCUUACGAGAACGUUCAGAAUCCAGGAGUAGGCCUUACUUACUCUAGUGCAACCAGUCCUGGUCAUGCACUACACCAACCAACGGGGCCAACCAGCCAACCCCAAGUACUGUACUGGAACAAUGGAUUGUACAAUCCAUUCCCUUUUGGAACAAGACCACAGGAUCUGGGAGCAGCAAGUUCAAGAGCUUGGUAUGGGCCAAAUCCAAGCCAUAUGCCAAGUGUGCAUAAAACUCCAGUGCCUGAGACCAACCUACUGGGAAACACACCCACCCUUUCAUUCGGCACCUUCCCAUCAAGAGAUGAGUCUGUGAAAUGUUCCAUACACAACAGUGCUGGCAUUCAGAUUGGAGACCAUAAUUACAUGGAGAUUAGUGGAAUGAGUUCAGUGCCACUGGACAUGAACUUGAAAGAAGAGCCAGCUGCUAAGUACCACGAUAUCUUUGAAAAUAUCACUAGUCUGACUGACAAACAUCUGGAUCCAGUCAGGGAAAAUCUGGGAAAGCAAUGGAAAAACUGUGCCCGUAAGCUGGGCUUCACUGAACCUCAGAUUGAUGAAAUUGACCAUGACUAUGAGCGAGAUGGACUAAAAGAAAAGGUUUACCAGAUGCUCCAAAAGUGGCAGAUGAGGGAAGGCAAUAAGGGGGCCACAGUGGGAAAGCUGGCCUAUGCGCUCUACCAGUGUUCAAGAACAGACCUCCUGAACUAUUUGGUACGUAUCAGCGAGAGCUAACUCCUGGAAGGGCCAUGGCAGCAUAAGGUCAUCUCCUCGCCAGUAAGUAACCCACUGAAAGUGUGCUGCCUCCGAUCCUGCAGAAUUCUUUCCUCACUGAUAUAGGUUCUCUGCAUGAAAAUCUCCUGCAUUCCAUAGCUGGAGAAUGGGAAAGAAAUCUACAGCAAACAGCUUACUAACCGGGAAGACCUAUUAACGGCCAAGGCCCAAUCCAGAAAGUAGCCUAAUUGGGUUUUGAAAGAGAGAGAGAGAUGUUUGAGAAAGAUAAUUUUCUUUCAGUUCAUUCCAUAACCUUCAACAACAUCAUUCAUUUACUUUCCUGGAGUUUUGUUCCAGCAAGAAAAAAAAAAAAUUCAGGGGACACAAACAAAGUCAACCUUCUUAUUUUAUGCUCUCUUUUCCAUAAAGACUCCUGUUAUAACCAAAGUACGGUGAGAUUGUGAGUUCUCUUCAACUAGGUUUUGUUGUUGUUGUU